AUGAGUGCGCUACCGCUCGCUCGCUGUGAAUCGGCGGGCGCCUCGCUCGGUUCGACGCCCAAUACGCUUUCGAGCCCGGUGUCGUCUGACCCCUCCUCGGUGCCUAGUCACGCCCGUCCGGAGCUUCCCAACGAACUGCUGCGCCACAUCUUCCUCUACUGCGACCCGGCCACGCUGUACACCACGGUGCGCGCGCUCAACACCUCGUGGAAGCACGCCGUGGAGAACGAGCUGAUCGCCACGCACUUUGCCAACCGCGAUUGGCGCGUCGGUCUGCGCGUCACCCGCAAGCUGCCCAGCACGCUCUCCGAGGCCGACGUCGACGAGGCGCAGCAUCAGCAGGCGGACGAGGAUCUGUUCAGACUCAACGUGCUUCAGCGCCCCGGUGCGCGCGAGCCCUACAACGUCAACGCACAGCCGCGCACCGUCACCCACGUCAUCCCGCUCACUUUCAAGGGAUACGACCCCGACAAUGUAUCGCUGCGCUUCGAUACCGACUCGACGUGGCACUCGCUCUUCCAGGUCUCCCCACCCGAUUCGGACGAUGAGCGCGAAGCCAAUGCGCAGAACAACGCUGCAGCCGCCAACGAUGAUGACGACGAUGACGACGAUAGCAGCGACGACGAUUCGGACGAUCAAGCCGAAGCUCAGGCUGAGCAGACGCAAGUGGCCGCACCGGCAGCCGGCCGCAGAACGACGCGCCAGGAGGAUUUUGGAGCCGCUGCGGCCCGAGCCAGAGCGCGCGCCGAGUCGGCUCGUCUGGAGCUCGACUUUGGCCUCGUGUGGCGAUUCCCCGACGACGGACAGGACGCCGACGUGUACCAGAUCAAAAAGGGCGACGCCGAGUCGUGGGGUCUGCCCGAUCCGGAGAAUGGCUGGCUGAGCCGAUUCUACUGCUCCAACUUUGACACGGUCAGUUCGGCGACUCCUUCAAAUGCGCCUUCGGGCUCGUCUUCGCCUGCGGUGCUGCAGUCGACGCCGCUGACGCGUCGUAUGAGGAGCAGCCGGCUGCACUCGUCGGUGGAGCGUCGUAUGCACGAUGUGGUCGACGACGAUGAAGAAGGCUUCUCGCCCGCUCAGAUGAUCUGGAGCGACGAAGGUCACGAGUACAUGUCGCUCGACCUCUCGCUUGGCAUGGAGUUCUUCGUGCGCCGCUCGGCGCGGGCUAACCAGCUCGUGCGCAGGCUCGAGCAGGCGGCAGCGGCGGCCGAGGCGCGCGACGUCGUGGCCCAGCUCACGCGCAAGCUCAAAAAGGGCAAGAAGGCCAAGAGAUCGGCGCUGUCAAGCCUCAAUCCUUCGGCGGCUGCGUCGGUGGCCGCGUCGGGCUAUGCCACACCACUCGAGGUGGCCAGUCCGCCCCCAUCGCGCAUGACGGCCUCCAACGAUCCAAGACGACGCGCCAUGCAGAAUGCGCUCGGAAAGGAGGUGCAGCGUAGCACGUCCAUGACCAGGGCGGCAAGUGGGAGCUCGCCAUUGAAGGGCAAGGAGGUGGCACGAGGCGACGAGGCUGCCGAGGAAGAGGAGGAUGGAAGCCGCACGCCAGACCAGCCUGCAUCCGCACCGAGCUUCUUGGCACCCUCGAUGAUGGUGUCUCGCUACAACUCGGUAGCACCCUCGAGGCAGGGUGGUGGAAGUGUGGGCACGGGCUCGUCGUAUGGGACCAAGUCGCGAGGCGCUGGAUCGGGCAGCCGCGCUGGCGGUAGCAGUGCGCCUCGCGCCACGUUCCAGGCCAAGCUGCUGCGUGCCGAGCGCAUGCCAUCGAGGCCGUCCACGCCGCCACCGCCGGGCGAGGAGGAGUCGUCCGACUCGGCCACCGCCAAUACUACGCCGUCCGAUCGCGCGGGAUGGACGGGCGGAGACAAGUUUGGCCGUGGCGCAUACAGGCUCGCGCAAGAGUGGUCCGAGGAACUCGAGUCGGACAAGUUCCAGGACGCCCUGUCCAACAGCGGCGUUACCACCCCCGUCACCUGGACGUGGUCCAGGUAG